UUUUGAUAGAUCUUGGCAUCAUUUCGCCCGCUCGUCCGCUCGUCCCUUCGUCUUUCUGUAACUUUUGCCUACUAAAACCAUUAGCAAGAGUUCUCUUUGAAUCAUCUUACGCCUAAUUAUUUUAGACGACGCUAUAGGCAUCAAAGCCCCUAUUCAAUCGCACCAGGGCUGAAAAUGACCGACUCUCAUUCUAGCGAUUCUUCCGUUGAACUCAUAAGCACCAUUUCUUGCUGUGCUACAGAAGCCUCUGAAGAUGAUGUUGUUCGGAGCAUUAACAGCGAAUCUUCGUCGGAGAGUAGCAUCACCGACAGCGACAUGGACUAUGUCCUGUUACCCCGUAUCUCAGUGGGGGACUCCCUGGACAAUGAUUCCAGCAACAGCAUCCCAGAGGAUGUUCUGUCCACUCCAUUCAAUCUAUUGUCAGUCAGCACGCCGGACCAGGAGGUGGAGAAGAUCCGGAAGCCAGAAAGACACGAGGCCAGGACCCUCGAUGGCUCAUAUGAAGAUGCUGCAGCAUAUAUCACACAGUAUCUGGAAGUUCCUGUGAAGGAUCGUGAUCAUAGUGUGAAGCUCCUGUUUUUGCAGGCUCUCAUUGUGGAAUUCGGUAUUUCCAAACAGCUGCCCGCCAGCAUAUCAUCAGCAACAAAGCUGCUCAAGGAUUCUCUCCAUGUCAAUAUCAACGAUUAUGUAGCGAGGCGGGGAAAAGACCAGGGUGAGUUGCAACAGAUCAUGCAGCUCAGCAAGAAGGCCCUACGUAAGGAUCUUCGGCGCAGCAACCGAAGGAGUUCUCUGAAGUGGGUAAAGGAACAUGGACUAAAUGUCCUUCUAAUCGGCUUCUUCGAUUAAUUCUCGUCUUUCAUCCAUGCAUGGCGUCGCAUAGACCCGUAUUUACAACGAACUUGUUCCCACUGUG